GCGCCCAGCCCGCAGCCGAAGGCAGUGUGUGCCUUGCCAUGGCGCUGGCGGAACUGGCCGCUCGCCUUAACUGCAAAGAAUACAAGAACUGGGUGAAGGCCGGCCACAGCCUGCUGCUGCUGCGGGCUGCCCUGCAGCGUUAUGCAGGGGAACAAGUCCACGCUUUCCACCGCCAGCUCGUCGCCCGCGGCGCUGCUCGUCUCGCCCCGCUAGGCCGUGGCUGCGCAGGCAGCUGCACCCCUCGAGGCAGGCAGUUCCAGCCUGCCUGCUCCUUAUGCAAAGCGUGGAAGAAAGAGAUUUUGAAUCAUCACACGCACAGAAAUGGGGAAGUUAACUGGGGAAAUUGCAGGCCUUGGCUCUGGCCUUCUAACUCGUGGGAGUUUGCAAAGGCAUAUAUGCCUCGUGGGAAAGUGGACAUUUCUGGACCAGACAAGUGUGAUGCAUCAGCUCUGUUAAACCUUUUCAAUUUCUGUGAUCUCUUCAGCAACAUUGAUCAGAUGAAAGUCAGAGAGGUGAUUAAGUGCCGUAAUGAACUAAUGCAUUCUUCAGAUAUGAAAGUCUCUUCUUCCUGGCUGAAAACAUUUGGAAAUCAUGUUCAGAACUUGUUAAAUGAAUUCCAACACGUUCCAGAGGCCGUGAAGGCUCGUACAAGGAUAGAGAAGUUUCUGUCGUCUGACUGGGAUGUCCAUGUACCAGGGGAAGAUCAACUUGAUGGAUCGGAAGGUGAAAUGAGUCAGAACCAGAUCAGUCAAAUAGAAGCAGAACUGAUAAAAGAGAGGCUUCAGGAGAUCAGCUUAGCAAUGGAAGAACAAGGAAUGAUGUCGGAACAGGAUUUAAAUAGAAUACAAAUUGUAAAGAACUUCUUAAAAAACAACCUUGAUCUUCAAAGAACUUUGAAAGCAGAAAUGCAGAAUAUAGAAACCCUGGUACAACUGUAUAGCCAAAAGCAAUCCACAAAAGAGACUCAAGAAGUGAAUUGUGAACAAGAAAAAGCUGAAGUUUUAGGUUGUCCUUUACAGAAAAGGAAAUGUAUACAAUGAAGAACUUGACUAUACUAUGAACAUUUUAACACAAGAAAAACUUGCGACAGAUCUCUUAAGUAUUUCUGAGGGAUCAUGUAAACUAUAUUGAGACGUCAAAGAGGAUAUUGUCAUUAAAUUAACUUUUAA